AUGUCUAGUCCGAUAACAAACCCAAAGAUAAGAAAGGAUAAAAACUUAACAGCUGCUGUUAUUGACUUAGAGCCUUUGCUGACCUAUAGUGAGAAACACUUAUUUGCCGAUUUGCUAGCUUAUAACAAGGAGGUUGGGUUAGAUAUGGUGUUUAGAGUCGCUGGUGGGUGGGUGCGAGAUAAGAUUAUGGGAAUUCCUUGUAAUGACAUUGAUAUUGCUAUUGACCGAGCGUCGGGUAGUUUGUUUGCCACUGGGUUUGUUGAGUAUCUUAAACGCAAGAAGAGUAAAGUGCGUGGGUACCAUGUUAUUCCCUAUAACCAUGAAAAGGCUAAGCACUUAGAGACGGCUAGUUUGCUGUACUACGGAUACUCAAUUGACUUUGUUGCCCUAAGAACCGAAGAAUACGCGGAUUCACGCAUACCCAAUGUCCGAAUGGGCACGCCUUUAGAAGAUGCCGAGCGCCGAGACUUAACUAUUAAUGCCCUCUUUUAUAACAUUAAUCGAGGACAAGUUGAGGACUACACGGGCAAAGGCAUAGCGGAUAUCCAAGGCCGGGUUGUACGCACGCCCUUACCUGCUAGAGAGACUUUUCUGGAUGAUCCAUUACGAGUACUACGUGUGCUUAGGUUUGCAGCUCGUUUAGGAUUCACUAUUGUUCCCGAAAUCUUAACGGCCUUGGAAGACCAAGAUCUCUUAAAGAAAAUGGCCCGGGUAGUUUCCCGGGAAAGAAUUGGCCAAGAGCUUAAGAAAACCCUAUCCCAUCCCAAUUAUGGUUUAGCUCUAGGCAUUAUGGCCCAGUACCGCCUAACUACAAUUAUCUUUCCCAAUAUUCCCCUCAACUCCACCCAUUUAAACGUAACUACUCAGUACUGCCAGCACCACCGCCAACUAAGCAAAAAUCCACCAGCCGGUCAUCCACUUCUUCAAAUCCCCAAUGCGCAACUCUACUUUAUUCCCCUCUUCGCUAUUCUCCAGCACACUCUGUACUUACCACCCAUACAAAAAGAGCCUAUCUCCGGCCGCACCGUUAGUGAAGAUCUAAAGUGGACAAAGAAAGAAAAGGCCCUAGUCAUCCAUCUCGCCCAAUCCCUACUCUAUCUCUCUGCUAAUCUCGAUAUGUAUUCCCAUUCCUCCCACUCAAACUCCACAACCGCACCAACCCAAUCCAAACAGUAUACCCUAAUCAAAAUGGCCCGAUACAUCAAGGACUCUCUACCACUAGCUCUAACUAUUUACGACUUAAUCCAGCAAUCCCAAACCUCUACCAGCCCAAUUCUCCAUCCCAUUUCUAUCAAUGCAAUCCAGCAAGAUCUCACCACAUACAACUACCAAACUGUCUGGCAGAGCCCACCUCCACUCACCUUCCAAUUCCUGCAACGCCAUCUCAAAGCCUCCCUUAAAGACACGCGAGUAUACCACGAAGAGUGUACUAUCCUCUCCAUCAUUCACCACACCACCGAUUCCGAAACUCUUCUCCAACUACUAUCUCAACUAUACCCCACUAUCACCACUACCAAUACCACCACCACCAAACCACCCAAUAUUUAA